UUCCUUUUUGAUGUGGUAUAAAACUGGUAUAAACACACUCUGGGAUAGAAACCGAGGGCCAUCUCUAGCUUUUACAAGUAUGAAAGAAAUCACACUUUUUAUGAUGAAUUCAAGAAUAAUCCACGCUUCACACUGGAGACUGAAAACGGUAAAAACAACUUGAUGAUCACAGAUUUACGCAUUUCAGAUUCAGCUACUUACUACUGCAUUAAUUAUUCAUAUACAUUACAAUUUUCGGAGAGUGUUAUUGUCAGUGUAAAGGGUUCAGGUUUGACCGUCCCAGCUUUGGUCCAUCAGUCAGCAUCUGAGCCCAUCCAGCCAGGAGGCUCUGUGACUCUGAACUGUACAGUACACACUGGGACCUGUGAUGGAGAACACAGUGUUUACUGGUUCAAAAACUCUGAAGAAUCUCAUCCAGGACUCAUUUACACCCAUGGAGGCAGGAACGAUCAGUGUGAGAGGAAUUCCAGCACACAAACACAAACCUGUGUCUACAACUUGCCAUUGAAGAGCCUGAAUCUUUCUCAUGCUGGGACCUACUACUGUGCUGUUGCCUCAUGUGGACACAUACUGUUUGGAAACGGGACCAAGCUGGACAUUGAAGAUGAGGUUGACUUGGUGUUUCUCGCGAGUGGAGCUUCUGCAUUCACCUCCAUCCUGGUAGUUUUACUGGCUUUCUCAGUGUGCAUGAUGACCAGAAAAGUGUCUCAAACAAGAACUUCAUCUCCCUCCACAGCAGCAGAGGGUUACCAAUAUGCAGACAACCUCUGUUACGCUGCUUCAAGUGUUAAGCUGCCCAACAGAUGCAGAAGACAGAGGGAUCAAACCUGGACUGAAUGUGUGUACUACAGCGUAAAGCAGUAGAACGUGAUAUAUUACAUUUGUACUAAGACAGGAUUUUCUUAGUGCCUCCUUAAAAGUUUAAUGUAGAUUAAAGUUUGAGGUAGAUAUGCUUUUAAAAGCUUAUUUGUGGUCUGCAACCAAAAUAAACUUGAACUUUUUUAAUAUAGUCUUUCAUGCAAAAUUGCAAGACAAAGUGCUUAACAAAACAAUAAAAUGCAGUAGUACAAUGAAAAUACAAUAAUACGGUGAAAAUAAAUGGUCAUAUAAGGAAAUAGUGUCGCUGUAGGUACACCAGAAACAAAAACAUUUCAGUAAUCAAGCCUGCUAGUGAUAAAAACAUGCAUACGUCGCUCAGUAUCUGCCUCGGAGAAAAACUGUUGCGCUUUAGCAAUAUUUCUAACAUGAUAAAUGCAGUUUUAGUGAAACUGCUAAUGUGAGAUUCAAAAUUGACAUCAGGGUCAAGAAGUAAGUAGAUUUUUGGUGUUCCACAGUAUCGCUCCUCCUCAAGAACUUUUUCUUAGAAAAUAGAGGUUUGAAAAUUGCCUGUAACUGUUCAGCACUUACAGAUCAAGGUUAUUUCUAUUUAGGAGAGGUUUCACAAUUGUAGUUUUUAUUUCCAUUGGGAAAAUACAGCAGACUUACAAUCGCUGGCACUUCAUCUUCUAAACAAUUAAACACAGCCUUAAAAAAGGUGUUAAGGUGAAAAAAGAAGCAAAAAUCACUACUGUGGAUUAUUCUACAGUUUAGGUUGUCAGCAAACAUAAAGGCAGUCCCACUGUCUUUUUUCCCUAUGCCCUAUAAAAAGGGAACAUCUCAAUAGGAGCAGCAGGUCUGUCACUAUUUAACCAGGUUUCUGUUGUAUAUAUAUAAUCUUUCUUAGUGAAGGAUGUGGAACAUUUAAUGGGAUGGAGAUCAGAUUACCUGCAGUUAUUCCAUGAGUAGUACAAUUGUAGUGAUUGUUAAUGGAUCUUACAUGUUGCCUGCUGCAAAUGUUAACUGGGAUGAAAUUAAACUGAAAACAAACAACAAACUGAGAAAGCAGUGCCUGAUUUUGAGGCAUGUUGACAUUUUGAGGCAGGGUGACCAUGUAUCACCAAUUAUAAGGUUAUUUUUAUUCAGUUAUUUGACUUAAUCAGUUUAUUUAGAAGCCCAGAAACAUUGAUGCCGUAGAAGCCACUCGUGUGCUUUUAGGAUCAAGAUUUUCUUUUGUGCUGGUUUUGAACCAAAUCAUGUAAGCUAU